AUGGGGCCCGGAGGAAGAGACUGGGUGGAAAAAGAAUACGGAUACUAUAGAUGGUGUGCCUGGCGACGGGAGCCUCAAAGCUAUAAAGGAAUCACCGUGUUGAAAGAAGAGAUGAAAUCCGAGAUGUGGUUCAAAUACUUACCACCAUCUAUAGUGGAUUUUCAGCCAUCCCUGCGGACUCUUGCUCAUCCAAUAAAUCGUGACUACUUGAGAGAGACACUUCAGCAAUGGAUCAACAUGUGUAAGGAUGAUAUAAAGAUGGGAAUUGGGAACCUUCUGAUCUAUGUGAAAAGUCUGAAGGGUCUUGCUGGAAUUCGCGAUGCAGUGUGGGAACUUCUAACUAGUGAAUCAAUAAGUCAGAACUGGGAAACUGUGUGCUACCGGCUAUUGGAGAAGCCUUUCUCCUUCUGGGAUGACUUCCUUCAGCAGCUGUUCCUUGACAGGUUACAGGCGUUGACAAAAGAAGGUCUGGAAUCCAUCUCAAACAGUUCCAAGCAGCUCUUAGUUUCAGCUCUGCAGGAUCUUCACGUUAAGAACUCCAGUGCUCUUCCUAAUAAACCUAUUGAGUUUGAGUACAAUGUUGCUGCAUUUCUUUGGUCAGAGAGCAGUAAUGACCUUUUAUCAGACACUGCCUGGGUCAGCAUCACAAAUCGUAGCCAGUUUGUAAAGAGUGGACUCUCCAUGAAGGCCCAAUCGCUCACACUUUGCGUUCAAAGUUUCUGUUCUGCACUUGACUCCAAAUUAAAAGUUAAAUUGGAUGAUUUAAUCAUGUACCUUCCACCAGAUUCUUCUACCAUUAAGGACAAUUUGAAUGACCACUCACCCUCGCAGCCACAGAGUUCAGCAUUUGAUAGGUAUGCUGAUACAGCUAAGGUCGAAGAAAUGCUGCGGGCACAUUGCCUUUCUUGCGUACAAUAUAUCCUGGACUGUGUGAAAGCGGAGCUUAAAACUGCAGAAGAAAGAUUACAAAAUUGCACAUACUCUCCGAAUGAUUGCAAUCUCAAUGCUGUUCUUUUCAUGGCACGGUUAUGUCAAUCUAUAGGAGAGCUCUGCCCUCACUUAAAACAGUGUAUUAGGGGCAGGUCAAGUAGUAAUGAUCUGCUUGUACGUGAACCCCGUCCUGUCAAGAAGCUGGGCAAGGGUAAGGUACAAGAAGUGAAACCAGCACAGGCCAAGUGGCAGGAAGUAAAGGAUCAGCUGUUGCAACAGAGCACUAGUGCUUACAGGAUUUGGAAUGUUACCGUAUCAAAGGCUCUUGUUUACCGUUUCACUCGAACGUUGCUCUCUCAAACAGCUGGAGGCAUUUUAUCUACAGCCACCAACUGGGAUGAAAUAGAAAUUCAGGAGGAAACAGAAGCUGGAAAUAGUGUUACAUCCAAAAUUCGUCUUCCUGUACAGCCAUCUUGGUAUGUACAGUCGCUGCUUUUUGAGUUAUGCCAAGAAGUAAACCGAGUUGGAGGUCAUGCUCUUCCUAAGAUCACGCUUCAGGAGUUGCUGAAGACUUGUUUGCAUGAGGUCCUUACUGGUUAUGAAAUGUUAUGUUCUGCAAAAUUAGAUAAGAGUGAUUCUGCAUUCCCUUUAACCCAGAAUAGAGCUCUGCAGCUGCUUUUUGAUCUUCGGUAUCUUGGUUCAAUUUUAACUUCCAGAAAUGAAGAGGUAAAAAGCAGUAGGAUCCAGCAGGACCCAAGGGUUCAGAAAGUGGCAGACACAUUGGAAAGCUAUAUUGAUCCAUUUGAUUUGGACGUUUUCACUCCACACCUUAACAAUAAUCUGAACAAACUUUCGCAAAGAACCUCAGUGUUGUUUGGGUUAUUAACCGGCACAGAGAAACAAUACACCAAUAGAAGUGCACCAUUUAAUUCCCAUGAGCCUCAUAACAUCUUACCACUGGCUUCUAGUCAGAUCAGAUUUGGCUUGUUACCACUUAGUAUGGCAAGUUCACGGAAGCCUAAAUCAGCUGUUCAGGGAAAUGAAGCUAAGAAUCAGAUUCUUCCCUCGUCUGUCAUAGAAGAUGCAAGUCAGGGGCCCGGCUCCUUAUUCCGACAAUUGGCAGCUUUUCAAGAUGAUGAUGUCUCAUCGACGUCUUCAUCAUCCCUCUUUAAACUAGGAUGGCUUUCAAGUAUGACAAAGUGAUGAUGCCUAUUAUUAAAACUAGAAGUAAUGCACUAAGUGUGAUGAUACAAAUUAAUAAAUAUAAAAAUUUCAUCUACCAUCUAAUGUAAAUAUUAUUUUGUAUUUCAGAAAUACUAAAGUAUUUCUAACCAUGGACAGCUGCUUUAACUUAUCAUCAGUUGCCAUUAUUGGGAUUUUGUUUUGUAGAAAAUACAUCAGUAUCAUAUGGCUCACAGAAUGUUAACUUGGAUCUUUAUUGACAUGAAAUAUGGAUGAAUUCAUAAUGACAUUGAAUUGGUUAACCAGGUUGGUAAUAUGAGCAUGUCUCUGGAGUAUAGGAGCAACAUUUAAUGAAUGAAUUCUUCAGCUGUUCAUACAUGCAGCCAUUCUCUCUUUCAACGUGCAACUUUUGUCAGUGUGUCCCCACCAAAAAACAAAUAUCUAUGUCAUUAGCACUUGUGGUCCUAUUUUGAUUGAAUGCAAAUGAUAUUUCUGAAUGUUUACAUCUUCCAAAUAAAAUGGAGCUCAGCGAAAGAUAUUCUCCUCUUUUUUGCAAAAUCUUGAGACGUU